UAGGAAAAUUACUGAAGUUUGGAUUGCUGUCUUGAUACUCUAAACCUUGCAAUAAGUGGCAAUGUCCAGGGUCCCCACCCCACCUCCUCCUGGAGAGAUGUCCAGUGGACCUGUGGCUGAAAGCUGGUGUUAUACACAGGUUAAAGUAGUAAAGUUUUCCUACAUGUGGACCAUUAAUAACUUCAGUUUUUGCCGAGAAGAAAUGGGUGAAGUUUUAAAAAGUUCUACCUUUUCAUCAGGGCCAAAUGACAAAAUGAAGUGGUGUCUGAGAGUGAACCCAAAGGGAUUAGAUGAUGAAAGCAAAGACUACCUAUCAUUAUAUUUGCUUUUAGUCAGUUGUCCAAAAAGUGAAGUCAGAGCAAAAUUCAAAUUUUCCCUGCUGAAUGCUAAAAGAGAAGAAACAAAAGCAAUGGAAAGCCAAAGAGCAUAUAGAUUUGUGCAAGGCAAAGACUGGGGUUUUAAAAAAUUUAUUCGAAGAGAUUUUUUACUAGAUGAAACUAAUGGUCUAUUACCAGAUGAUAAGCUUACGUUAUUUUGUGAGGUAAGCGUGGUCCAAGACUCAGUAAAUAUAUCAGGACAGUCUAAUACAAACACUUUGAAGGUACCUGAAUGUCGACUAGCAGAAGAUUUAGGGAAUCUCUGGGAAACAACAAGAUUUACAGAUUGCAGUUUUUAUGUAGGAGGACAAGAAUUCAAAGCUCAUAAAUCUGUCCUUGCAGCACGUUCUCCAGUUUUUAAUGCAAUGUUUGAGCAUGAAAUGGAGGAAAGCAAAAAGAAUCGUGUAGAAAUAAAUGAUGUUGACCCUGAGGUUUUUAAAGAAAUGAUGAGAUUCAUUUAUACAGGAAAAGCACCAAACCUUGAAAAAAUGGCUGACAAUUUGUUGGCAGCUGCAGACAAAUAUGCACUGGAACGGCUGAAGGUCAUGUGUGAGGAAGCCCUGUGUAGUAACCUCUCAGUAGAAAAUGUUGCUGACAUUCUCAUCCUCGCAGAUUUGCACAGCGCUGAACAGUUAAAAGCACAAGCAAUAGAUUUUAUUAACAGGUGCAGUGUUCUGAGACAACUUGGGUGUAAAGAUGGGAAAAACUGGAAUAGCAACCAAGCUACAGACAUAAUGGAAACAGCAGGCUGGAAGUCCAUGAUCCACUCUCACCCUCACUUAGUAGCGGAGGCCUUUCGUGCACUAGCAUCUGCACAGUGUCCACAGUUUGGCAUUCCACGCAAACGGCUAAAACAGUCAUGAAAUCUUCCAUGAACUUUUAAAGACUGAAUUGACUCUACUCCUCCAUGUCCAGAGGUGUUUUCACAAACCAUAACAAGAAUUUUUGUUAUCCUUGUCCACAGAACAGAAGCUGAAAAAGCCUAUUGUUUGCUUUUCAGAUGGAUAAUUUAUGGUUUAAUCCUCAGCUUUAAAUUAGACUGAUUAAUUCACUGAAAGGCCUUAAAUUAUCUUCAAUGACUCUCUAGUCCAUAUAGUCUAAUGUACCUUGAUUUUAUUUUUUUUAAUUAUUUUUUUAAUGUGCCUUGUCUUUUUGACUAGGCUCUGCAGGAUUGCACUAGCUCCAUAAUGCAGUAAAGUUGAUAACUGAAGAUUUAAUUUUUGAAAGGGAUCUUCCAUUAUUUUCAAAAAAGACUUAUAGUUUGGUCCUGUGCUAACUGGAAGGUUUUAACUAGCCUCUCGAUGAAAGCACUUGAACUGGAGGUUCAUAGUGUUUCCUACACAAGUGCUAAAUAUAGGGAGAGCCUGUUUACCUUCAGAGAAUGCCUACAGGCUAUUUAUGGCAAUAUACUGCUUUGAACAUAAUUUAUUUUUCAUUGUGGGGGCAAAUAUGCAAUGGUUUGGCCCAGAAGUGUAUUUUCAUUACAGUUUGUAAUGCUUAUUGUGCGUGUGUCAAAGCUGUCCAAACGGUGAAGAGAAACACAGAAUAAACCUCUUGCUUGUGUUUCUUUAUGGUCCAUCACUAGUUUACAUUCAAUGCAGAAGUGAACAAGAAGUGUUCAAUGUGAAGAUGUAAUAGUAUCCUAGAUGGAAGAAAAUAUAUCCCACAUGUAUGGUUCCAUAGACAAGUAAAGGAUGCAUAGAAUGACCAAAUGUAAAUUGAAGACAUGGGCCAAAUGGAUUCUGAAUAUGCACUUUUAAUGUGUAACUUUUGUAUGUUGUGUGGUACAUAUAUAUUUUGCUUUUGAUGAAUUAAUGAGGUACAGGUAAUUGUGGCUUAACUUUUUUAGAUACAUUUGAAGAAGCCCAUAGCCACAUGGGAUUUAGUUUUGUUAUAGCAAAAAGGAAAGGCAUGUCUUUUAAGACUCAGCCGAAGGUGACUGUUGUGAGCUUUCAUAUUUAAGUAACUGAAUAUUUUUGCCUUUUUGAGAAAGACAUGUGAAUGGUAAGAACUUCGGAAGAGGGAUUUUUUUCUCAUUUUGAUGUGUAUGGCUUCCACUGACAUCUAAGGAAGUUCCCUACAAAUCAAGAGGGAUAUUUCCCUGAAAUGUCAGAUGAUAUUUGCAAGCGAAGUCUUGCUCAAUCUUGCAUUUCAGUUAUUGUACUAGCAUUGUGGAUGGUAUUGAAAUUCUGCAUAAUGUGAAAAGGACGAAACAUUUGUAAACUGCUUGUCAUGGGCCAGUUCUUUAUUAUAUGAAUCUUAGCUUUAAUACCAACAUCCUCAGUGUUUGAUAGCUUUGUUUACGACUGGGAGAAAAAGUCUGCAGUAGUGCACACUCUAAAUGUUUCCUGAGUUAUUUCAUUGAGUUUACUGUAAUGGUGAUAAUACGCUAUGUUUCUUCUUUGGGAAGACUUGGGUUUAACAGUGGGGAAUGGGAGGAAAUCUCACCUAAUUUAUAAACAUAUUUGGAUAAAGAUGUUUACUUUGCCUAUUUAA